GCGCAACAGAUUGCCCUGCCCAGUACACUGAGAGGCUGAACAACGCAGUGAUGCACGGAGGCCAGACAGGUCGGGCGCUGCUACUGCUGCUGGCAGCCUGCACACUCGCUGGUGGCCAGCAGACCAAACUACAGGCCAUAGAAUGCCCUUUCCCAGAGGGUCAGUCGGUGGCGUCGGAAGAGGAGUGCGGCAAGUACACGGCAUGCGAGUGGACAAACAGCCGCUGUCACAUGGUGGACAACGUGGCGGGUGGAUACGUGGUGGACAGCAGCCCAGAGGACACCGGUAGAGGAUUCAAGGUCAAUCUCCGAAAGAGUGACCCUAGUGUGACAAUGUUUGGCCAUGAUGAAUCCAACCUGAUCUUCGAAGUCAUCCACCACGAGGACUACCACCUGCAGAUUAAGAUCUACAGUGCUGAUGAGUCCCGCUACGAGGUUCCGGUGCCCCUCAACCUGCCGGACACCCCUGGCUCUGCACCAGAAUACUCGGUGGGUGUACCUGCCUUGGGUGAUCACUUCAGAUUCAACGUGACCAGAAGCUCUACUGGAAGCACACUGUUCCGCACGGCUGGACCCCUCACCUUUGAAGACCAGUUUAUCCAAAUACACACCUGGCUCGCAUCCUCCUACUUGUACGGCUUUGGAGAGAACACUCAUCUCUCAUACAGACACCAGUUCGAAACCCGAUCCACCUUUCCAAUCUUCGCCAGGGACCAGCCUGUAGGAACGGAUCCGAUGAACGAGUAUGGCCACCACCCUUACUACAUGGUAAUGGAGGAUGAUCAAGGCAACUCCCACUCCGUACUUCUCUACAACUCCAACGCUAUGGAGUAUUCCACCUUCCUCCUGGACGAUGGCACGCCUGCUCUCACCCUUCGCACUAUUGGUGGCAUUCUAGACUUUCAUUUCUUCCUGGGACCCACACCUGAAGAGGUCAACGUGCAGUAUGUCAACAUGGUGGGUAAUCCAGCCUUUCCUCCCUACUGGGCUUUGGGCUUCCACCUCUCCCGCUGGGGAUACAACUCCACUGACGGUGUACGAGCUGCAAGAGAGAGGAUGAAAGCUAUGAAUAUUCCCCAGGACGUCCAGACACUUGACAUUGAGUACAUGGAGCGCCACAGGGAUUUUACGUACGACUCUAUUAACUGGGGAGACCUGCCUGCCUUGGUCGAGGAACUCCACAACGACAACGUCAAGCUUACUGUCAUUCUGGACCCUGCUGUUGUCAUCGACUUCGAGGACUAUCAGCCGUCGAUCCGCGGGAAGGAAGCAGACGCCUUCAUCAAGUGGUCGAGCGCAAAUCUGGUGCCGGAGGACCAGGAGCCAGCCGCUGAUGACUACAUGGUAGGCUACGUUUGGCCAGACACCAAAACAGUUUUUCCUGACUUUUUGAAGCCCGAGACUCAGGAUUGGUGGAUCAACGAGAUCAAGCUGUUUCACGAAAUAAUCAAAUUCGACUCGCUCUGGAUAGAUAUGAACGAGCCUGCCAAUUUCGGCACAAAUCUUGACAAGCCCUUUAACUGGCCACCGGGCAAGGAGCCAUGGAGCCUCAAAUGCCCAGAUGACAAGUGGAACAAUCCACCCUAUCCCACAAUGAUGGUCCGUGUCGGAGACAACCAGAGCAAGAGGAUCACUGAUCACACCAUCUGCAUGACAGGAAACCAGACAGAUGGAACAUCCACUUUCCUCCACUACGACGUGCACUCUAUCUACGGCUGGUCCGAGACUGUGGCUACCCACAAAGCAUUAAUGGAGCUGUUUCCCGGCAAGCGGCCUGUAGUGCUGUCUCGGUCUACCUUUCCUGGAUCUGGUCAGUACGCCAUCCACUGGCUCGGUGAUAACUCUGCCGACUGGACUCACAUGAAAAUGUCCAUAGUGGGCAUGUUUGACUUCACCAUGUUCGGGAUCCCGAUGGUCGGUGCUGACGUGUGUGGCUUCUUCAAUGAACCAGAUAUGGAGAUGUGCGCCAGAUGGAUGCAGCUCGGCGCCUUCUAUCCCUUUAGCCGCAAUCACAACACAAUCGGCAUGAAUGACCAGGAUCCAGGCAUGUGGCCUGAGGUGGCGGAGAUUUCACGCGACAUCCUGGGCGUCCGCUACAGAUACUUACCCUACCUAUACGCUCUCUUCCACAGGGCACACAUGCAUGGAGCCACGGUGGUCAGGCCGUUGCUUAACGUCUUCCCUGACGAUCUCGUUGCUCGGGACGUUGAUGACCAGUUCUUGUGGGGCAAUGGACUGAUGGUGGCUCCUGUCCUCCAACAGGGUGCCGUGUCUAGGGAAGUAUACUUCCCACAAGGAGAGUGGUAUAACUUGGUGGAGGGUAGUCUGGCAGCCACAGGCCCCGCCACUCACAAUGUAGACGCGCCCCUUGACGUCAUCCCACUGUAUGUGCGUGGGGGUGUCAUCCUCCCCUUCCAGGAGCCUUCCAUCAACACCGUGGACAGUCGACAAAACCCCUUCGGCCUGACGGUGGCACUGGACUCUUCUGGCGAGGCGUUUGGUGAGAUCUUCUGGGACAACGGUGACGGAGAGCACAACAUGGGAGAGAGUUAUAUGUGCAAGCUGCAGUACGUCAGUAAUACGCUAACGUCAUCCAUCAAACAUGGAGAGGAUGUGGUGGCAGGACUCAAAUUUGAAAUCAUAAACAUCUAUGGCGCUUCAAGCAACCCGACAGCCAUCACAGUCAACGGUGCCAGCCUUCCUGAACAUGCCUGGACAUUCAUCGAAAAUGUGAAGGUGCUGACCAUCAGACUUAGUGCGCAACUUGGCGAGCCUCUCAGUGUUGUCAUCUCUUAGGGCGGUAUUCUCCUCUCUGAGUCUUGCUCAUCUGCAGAAGAGGUGUUUUGUUUCUCCUUGAUGAUCUUGAAAAAUCAUAACAUCUGGUUCAACAUGUAGGUACCCUAGGACACACACAAAUAUGGAAUUGAGACAAGAAGAAAAUUACAUCACAACAGUUAACACAACAAGCACCUGUGACACAUAUCAUUGCAUUGAAAGCAAACUCAACACCAUUUUUUCUAUCUUUUCAUUCUAUUGGAAAAAUACUAAAGUUUUCAUAUACUCAAAAUAAAGAGUGAAUUCAAGCUA